CUUUCUUCUUUGGCUCGUUCAACCUUGAAAAAGAUGAUUGUUAAACCAGUUCCUUGCCUUCAAGACAAUUAUGCAUAUCUUUUAUUAGACCAAACGUCAAAAAAAGCUGCUGCCAUUGAUCCUGUUGAACCAGAUAACGUGUUCAAAGCACUUGAAUCCACUUAUCCGGAUUACCAAUUAUCCAUGAUCCUUACAACACAUCACCAUUGGGACCAUGCGGGUGGCAACACCAAAUUUUUAUCCAAGCUAAAUGUCCCCUGUUAUGGAGGCUCAGAUCAAGUCAAGGGCGUGACACAUGUUGUCAAAGCCAACGAAACGAUUCAACUCGGCAAUAUCCAAAUCCGUGCUUUGGCUACUGCAGGACAUACCAUGGACCAUAUUUGCUACUUUGCCCAAGAGGAUAAUGACCAUGCUGUAUUCACAGGAGACUGCUUAUUUUCCUCAGGAUGUGGUCGGUUCUUUGAAGGCUCACCCUCAGACAUGUGGAACGCGUUCAGUGAGCUCUUGAAAUUACCUGCGGACACUCACGUCUAUUUUGGUCACGAAUACACACUUGCCAACCUAAAGUUUGCAGCCCAUGUUGAACCCGAUAAUCAAGACAUUAAAGAUAAGAUCAAAUGGGCUCAAGAAAACAAAUGCACGACUCCUUCAACAUUGAGUAAUGAAAAACUGACAAAUCCUUUCCUGCGUGUUGAGUCCAUCGGCCAUCUUAUUGACCCUUCAUGUUCAUCUACCAUCGAAUUGCUCGGAAAACUUCGAAAGAUGAAGGAUAACUUUAAAUAAAAAACACGG